AAGUGUACCAAGUUCAUGGCUUAUUUGUCAGAGUUUGUUGCACUUGGUGUACCAAAAUCAGUACAAGUGUUCUUUGGAUCAGAGCUUAAAUUCAGUGUUGUUAUUACAGGAAAGGGAGGUAAAAACAGGCGUAGAGGAAAGAAUGAAAAUGAAGCAGAAAAGCGUGAAUUGAUCUUCAAGGAAGAAGGACAGGAAUAUGCACAGGUCACAAAGAUGUUAGGAAAUGGACGACUGGAAGCCUUGUGUUUCACUGAUGGCAUGAAAAGGCUGUGCCACAUUAGGGGUAAAUUGAGAAAGAAAGUUUGGAUAAAUCAAGGUGAUAUUAUUCUUCUUGGACUUCGAGACUACCAGGAUAAGAAGGCAGAUGUUAUACUUAAAUACAAUGCAGAUGAAGCUCGUAACUUAAAAUCCUAUGGCGAAAUUCCUGAAUCAGUUAAAGUCAAUGAAAAUUCCACAUUCGUAGAAGAUGGUAUGGAUGACGACAUUGAAUUCGAUGAUUAUUCUGAAGAUGAAGAAGAUGCUGCAGCUGACAUUGAUGUAAUAUGAAUUGUUUCGUCCGAAAACAGCUGAAAUCCAAUGUAAAAUCAUAAUAGGGUAAUUUUUGUUCUCCAAGUUCACAUAUAUAUAUAUAUAAGGGAACUUACUUUUAGUCAAAAUGAAAAAAUCUUACAACUGUUUUAAUAUAAAGCUAAGGACAAAGUUUUAUUAGGUUUUUAAAAUUUACUGUAGCUUCAAGUUAAUAUAUAUAUUUGAUUAAGAUCAGAGUGUUGACCUUGUAGUUACCCUUUGGCUCUUUAGAUAUUUAGGAAUCAUUCAAAUUUAAGUAAGUGCAGUAUAGCUUUCAGUGUACACAAAUCCUCCAUAAUAGUAUUUAAAACAAGAGUAACUUAAUGUUGCUUUAUAUUAUCUUAUUUUUUGUGUUUCAUAAUUUGCUUUAAUAAUUAAGAAACUUGAAAAUGGUUUGGUUUAUUUAUUUCCUGGUAUAUUUUGAUACAGUAUUUAGUUUUCCUCCUGAUACAAACAGCUGCAGUUUUUGUAUUUCUUAUAUUCGGUUAAAAUGCCAUGUAUAUAUUUUUUAUAUGUGGUCAUUAAUGCUAUAGAAAGUUGUCAGGAGUAAAUAGUUGUCUAAGUAAUGUCGGAAACUCCUUAAUAAAUAUGAAAUUGUUUGUA